GUUUUCCAGCAGCCAGAAGGUGCCACAGCUGUGUCCAGAUAAAAAAUGACGUGUUUGUGUGCGGGGGCUACAACGGGGAGGUGAUCCUGGGGGACGUGUGGAAGCUCAACCUGCAGAGCCUGCAGUGGCUGAGGCUGCCGGUGGCCAUGCCCGAGCCCGUCUACUUCCACUGCGCCGCCGUCACCCCCGCUGGCUGCAUGUACGUGCACGGAGGGGUGGUGGACAUCCACGAGAACAAAAGGACUGGCUCCCUGUUCAAGAUGUGGCUGGUUGUUCCCAGCCUGCUGGAACUGUGCUGGGAAAAGCUCCUGGAAUAUUUCCCCCACUUGGCAACUCUGCCCAGGCCUCAGCUCCUGCACCUCGGACUGACCCAGGCACUGGUGGAGCGGCUAAAAUGAGGGUCCAGCU